AUGACAGCUUUGCGCUUUUUGGCAAAGGGAGAGUUCCUGUCUGAGGUUGGUGACCUCCAUGGAAUAUCCAUAGCAUCAGUAUCCAGGAUCAUCUAUUCUGUUUGUUCAGCUCUUUGUGAUAAACUUGACAACAUCAAAUUUCCAACAUCACAUGGUGAUCUGAACAGAGUCAAAGAUGAAUUUUAUAAAAUAGCCAGCUUCCCUAAUGUUGUGGGGUCCAUUGAUGGUACGCUGAUACCUAUCCAAGGAAUGUCUGGGGAAGAAGAACCAAACUUCAUCUGUCGUAAAGGAUUCUCAGCUAUCAAUGUACAGGGAGUUGUGGAUGCCAAUCUUCGUUUUACCAACAUUGUGGUUAGGUGGCCUGGAGCAACCCAUGACACAUUCACUUGAUCAAACUCUGGUCUACCAUAUAUAAUGGAAAACAUUAAUGGUUGGCUCUUGGGAGACUCGGGGUAUCCUUUUAAAAGAUGGUUGUUGACUUCUUUUGGUGCCCCAGGGAAUCCACAGGAAGAAAGAUACAACAAAGCUCACUGCUCUACUAGGAACACUGUGGAGAGAGCCUUUGGAGUGCUUAAGCGCAGGUUCAGAUGUUUGCACAAGACAGGAGGAUGCCUGCAAUUUAAGCCAGCAAAGAGCAUCAGAUUUUGGUGA